UCUGUGCUGUACUCUAUUCUGAGUUCUUGGCUUAUUCUCUACUUUUGUAUAAUUAUCUGUUUGCUUAUCAUUAUUUCAUUAAUUAUUCUAAUUUCCUUGUAAUAUAAAUAGAGAAGUUAUUCCUUAAACACAAGUGUUAUACUUGAGCAUUGUUCGUUAUAUUAAAUUCAGCAAAUAGAAGUGAUUAGUGUUGUUUAACGUGGGAGUACAACUUGUUGACUUGUGCUAGUUUACGUGUGUGAAUAUGAGUUCGAGACACCGUGACCGGAGUCGCUCCCGUGAUCGCCACAAGGAUCGGGAUCGCGAAAAGAAUCGGGACCGCGACAGGGAUCGUGACAAGGAUCGGGACAGGGACCGGGACAGGGACAGGGACAGAGACAGAGAGAGGGACAGAGGGCGAGACCGCGACAGGGGCCGCGAUAGAGACCGCAGCCAUCGUUCCAAGAGAGAUAAAGACAGGGAGCGCAGUCGUAGUCGAGACCGUCACAAGGAGAAGAGGAGUAGAAGCCAGUCACACUCCAGGAGUCGCAGCCGCGGGAGAAAGUCUAAAGACAGGGAUGGCACAAUCGCAUUGUUGGACCAGAUGGUGGGCACAACGACCAAGGCCACCGCUCGCCAGGUGACCAGCACCGCGACCAUCAACCCCGCCACACAGGCCGCCAUCCUAGCCGCUGCUGCCGUAGCUCAGACGUUCGUGGCGCAGCGCCGCAUGGCAGCCCCGGUGCAGCCGGCCGCGGCCGCCGCCGCCGCGCUGUCGGCCGCCACCGCCAUCCCGCCGCCCACCUCCGUGCAGCAGAAGCUGGAGCUCCUCCAGGCGCGCUCCGAGUCGAGGUACCGCGACAAGCCCGCGCACCACGACUACCACCCCGACGACGACCACGACGACGGACAAGGCCCGCCCGGGGAGACGGCGGCGGAGCGGCGCGCGCGGCGGAGACGCACGCGCUGGACGGGCUCCGAGCACGACAAGACCUUCAUCCCGGGCCUGCCCACCGUGCUGCCGUCCUCGCUCACCCGCGACCAGGAGGAGCAGUACCUCCUGCAGCUGCAGAUCGAGGAGGUGAGCCGCAAGCUGCGCUCCGGGGACCUCGGCAUCCCCGCCAACAUCGAGGAGAGGUCGCCGUCGCCGGAGCCGAUCUACUCGACCGACGGCAAGCGACUCAACACGCGCGAGUACCGCACGCGCCGCAAGCUGGAGGAGGAGCGGCACCGCCUCGUGCAGCGCAUGCAGCAGAUCAACCCUGAGUUCAAGCCGCCGCCGGACUACAAGCCGCCGAUCAUCCGCGUGCAUGAUAAAGUAAUGAUCCCGCAGGAGGAGCACCCCGACAUCAACUUCGUGGGACUGCUCAUAGGACCGCGGGGAAAUACACUCAAAGCGAUGGAGAAGGAAACCGGCGCGAAGAUAAUAAUCCGCGGCAAGGGAUCCGUGAAGGAAGGCAAAGUGGGACGCAAGGACGGACAACCGCUGCCCGGCGAGGACGAGCCACUGCACGCCUACAUCACCGCCACCAACGCAGACUGCGUCAAGAAAGCCGUCGAAAAGAUCAAGGAGGUGAUCCGUCAGGGUGUGGAGGUGCCGGAGGGGCAGAACGACCUGCGGCGGAUGCAGCUCCGGGAGCUGGCGCAGCUCAACGGCACGCUGCGGGAGAACGACGCAGUACGCUGCGCCAACUGCACCGCCACAGACCACAAGACCUGGCUCUGCCCGGACAAGCCGAACGUGACCAACAGCAUCGUGUGCUCGUCGUGCGGCGGCGCCGGACACAUCGCCCGGGACUGCCGCGCCAAGCGCCCGGGGCAGGCCGGGCCUCCCGCGCACGCCAGCCGCGCCAAGAUCGACGAGGAGUACCUCUCACUCAUGGCCGAGCUGGGGGAGGCCGCGCCCGGGCCCGCGCCCGCCGCGCCGCCCCGCCGCCCCCACGGGGGGUCCUUCGGGCCCGCGCCCCCGCCGCGACCCAUCAUGCCCGCGCCCGGAGGCGGGCCACCAGCGCUGCCCCCGUCCGGGUUCCCCAUGCACGGCCAGCCGGCGCCCUGGCUCGGUGUGAGCGGUGCAGGUGGACAGCCACCACCGCCGGGCAGUGCAGUACCUCCGCCGCCACCUCUCCACCACCGCCCGCACCACCAGGGUGACAACAAAAUGGGCCCACCCAACGGACCGCCGCACAUGCCGCCGCCGCCGCCGCCAGGGAAUUGGAACGGCAACCAAGACGGACGACCUGCCGGCAUGGUGGGCGUGGGAGUCCCGGGCGGGUGGCGCGCGCCGUACGGGGCUCCGCCGUGGGCUCCCCCGCCGCCCGCAUACCUGGCGCCUCCGCCGCCGCCCCCGCCCGCAUCCUCCGCCUAGCGACACCACCCCACACGGACACUCCACGACUAUUACAGUAAAAAAAGCAUACCAAUCGCUGGUCGUAGCGAUUUGAAGAUUCCUUCCCAACGUAAACUAUUCGAUGUAAAAUUUGUAACGUGUCACAUCGUAAGUGAUAGUGGUGGCCGCACACGUGCGAUUAUGACGUCAUGAGUGACGUCACACGUACACGUAAUUAAACACGUUUUAUAUAUUUGAUAGUAAAACAUACCACACUCCGUAUAGAUUCACCAAAUACUUAUAUGUAUCAAAAAAAUUUAAUUGUAAUUCCGAAAUAUAUGCACAAAUAAAUAUUUAGUUACUGUCUGUGCCCGCGCGUUAAUUUUCAAUAAAAAUUAGUUAGUUUUUGCGUGUAAGAGUAACAAACAUCCAAUCUCAGCGUUUACAAUAUUAAGAUUGUUUGUACACAUUUAAAGACAUAUUAUUUGUAGGUACACAUCAUGUACCUACCUACUGCUGCACAAGUGUACGAAAUACGACUCUCGACCUGUGACUUUGGGAUUUUAACUGGAGCCAAGUGUCUGGUUGGUAGCCGAUCACUUUAUCUUGACGAUAACAUAAUUCUUAUUUUAUAAUGUAAUUAUAAUAUUAAACAAUUUCAAUGUGUACCAUUGUUUUUAUUUCACUCCCUUGACAUACCUCUCGGGGAUUUGAUCCCGGGAUCCCGGUCGAAAUUUCGGUCUCGAAUACCUCGGGAUUUUAUGUAAAUGUAUGAUUAUCAAAAUGUUUACGAAUUAAUUUCAUGAAACGAAACAAACUUAAUGUCAAUUUAACAUUUAUCGGCCAUCUUGGAUAAUCAGCUGAUUGAAUUAGUUUGCGAUGGCGUUGUGUGUGAACUGUGAAUGUGUACAAAGUUCGUCUUCACGGCGAUCUGAGAAAUGAAUUUCGUAGCAAAUAUUUCGUUGAUUAUAAGCGCAACGUGUAUUGUAAGAACUACAAUGAUAAGAAUUACAAUAUUUGUCGAAGUCGAUGGUUUCGCAUACCUACUUGUCUUACAUUCCUAUAGUAGUAGGGUAUUUUUCUAGGUUUCUCUAAGUGAGUCUAACAAAAUUGAUUUCUUCAAAGCAUAAUUUUUAGUAAGUAUUACAAUUUGUAAACUAUAAAUAUUAGUUUUCAAUGAAAUUAGAAGCAAAUUUUGUUUA